AUGAAGCAAGUUAAAUUCGUCCCACACCAAUCUCAAUGGACCGAUGAAGAGUUUCAAGCCAUGGUUGAAGGCGUUGAGAACGACAUAGACGGCGAACUUGAAGGAGCUCAAAUCACAAUUGCAACCAAAAUUGCAGAGGUCAAGGAACAGAUAGCUCCACUUAAAGCUACCAAAGCUACUCUUGACCUCAUGGAUAGUUACCGUUUAGAUGUCAAGAGUGGAAUAAGACAAUUAAAAUUAA